AUGGGAUCAAUGUCAAAAAGAGACGUGAUGCCCUUAAAUCCGGUCUUUGUUGUGGAAAUCUUUGAUGUUUGGGGCAUUGACUUCAUGGAACCAUUCCCAAUGUCUUAUGGCUUCCAAUAUAUCCUCUUUGCCAUCGAUUAUGUUUCCAAGUGGGUUAAGGCUUGUGCUACCAAAAUGAAUGAGCAUUCUGCAGUAAUUGCAGUUGUCAAAUCAAACAUCUUUACUUGUUUUGGUAUACCAAGGGCAAUCAUUAGUGAUAGAGAUUUGAUUAAGUAUAUGCUCUCGAGGCCUUUGAUUACUGGGCGGAUUGGAAAGUGGUCAUUGGCCUUGAUGGAGUUUUCUUUCAAAUAUAUUCCACAAAAGGCGGUUAAAGGAAGGGCAGUGGCAGAAUUUCUAGCUGAUCAUCCUUCCAGCAAGAUUAAUUCCGAAUUCUACUCCAUAUUUUGCCCAAGCAAAUGGACAGGCAGAAACUUCCAAAAAGUGAUUCUCAACAUCCUUGAAAAAAUGAUUGAGAAUCAUCCAAGGGAGUGGCAUCACCUACUUUCUGAGGCCUUUUGGACUUACAGGAAUUCAAAAAGAUCAAGUACGGGUGUCACACCAUAUAUGCUUAUAUGUGGACUUGAUGCCGUUCUUCCAAUGGAAAUGACCAUUAGGUCUGCAAGGGUGGCUUUCCAAAAUAGGCUAACUCCAAUAGAUUACAACCAUGCCAUGUUGGUGGAACUAGAAGACCUUGAUGAAGUCUGUCUUAAUGCCAUAGAUCAUAUCAUUGCUCAAAAGAAGAAAGUCAUACGGGCAUAUAACAAGAAGGUUAAGGUAAAGACGUUUGUUGAAGGAGACUUGGUGUGGCAAGUCAAAUUUCCACCUAGAAUCAAAACUUUGGAAUAUGGAAAAUGGACUCCUAAUUAG